UUAUUAAAUUUAUUUAAAAAUAAUGGCAUUUAAGUUAUUGGUCUUCGCAGCUUGCGUUGCAAUUGCACGCGCUGGAUAUGCCCCAGCAGCUUAUGCCGCAGCUCCAGCAGCUUAUGCCGCUGCCCCAGCUUUAUCAUAUGCCGCCGCUCCAGCAUAUUCAUAUGCCGCUGCUCCAGCAGCUUAUGCUGCACCAGCAUAUGCCGCAGCACCAGCUUACGCAAGAUUAGCCGCUCCAGCUCCACUUGCAUACGCCGCUGCCCCAGCUAUUGCCAAAGUCGCUGCACCAGUUGCCGUUGCCCGUGCUGAACCAUACGACCCAAAUCCACAAUACCAAUUCUCAUAUGGUGUUUCAGACGCUUUAACUGGUGACCAAAAAAGCCAAACUGAAAGCCGAAGUGGUGAUGUUGUACAAGGACAAUACUCAUUAGUCGAACCAGACGGUUCCCAACGUACUGUUGACUACACAGCUGACCCAGUUAACGGAUUCAACGCUGUUGUAAGCAAAUCUGGUCCAGCCGUAGCUGUCAAAGCUGUACAACCAGUUGCAGCUUACGCUGCCGCUCCAGCUUACGCUAAAGUAGCCGCUCCAGUUGCCUAUGCUGCCGCUCCAGCAUACGCUGCUCCAGCUGCCUACGCUGCCGCUCCAGCAUACGCUGCCCCAGCUGCCUACGCUGCUGCACCAGCAUUACUUAAAUAUCACUAAAUGUUGUGAUUUUUUAUUGUGUUAUUUCUGAUUCUUCUCCACCCCACCUCGACUCUUUGUAUGUAAUUAAUUAUUGAUUAUUUUUAUUU